ACAGCUUGGCGCCUCAAGUCCCAAUCUCUGGGUUCGGGAAAAGCUCCCUGUUCUCUUUCUGUUACUCCUGUUAGAUUCUACUCUCCAUAUUCCACAACCCUCCCCUCAGGAGCUCACAGUGGCUAGCUGGAGCUUGAAAUGAAAUAAUCUCCUUCCACGACCACCAUCGCCACCACUGUAUUGUAUUCAGAGAACGUGGAAUAGCCCGUUGUGAAGUGGUGGCGCUUGACCGAGGAUUGGAGAUCACUUUCGGGCGCUUCAAUGUGUUUUUUCUCCAGUGUCGUGUUUCACUUCUCGUCGGUUUUUCCAGGGAGUUGAGCUUCAAGGCAGCAACGGUGAAGAAGACGACACAAGAGUAUCCAACGAUCUGAACAAAUCAUCAUCCUCAUCCUCGAAAAGAUAGCACGCAAACAGAAGCCAUCAUCACCACAUUCAUCAUCAACAGCAUCUUUAUCAUCAUCUGGUUGAUCAUUCUAUUCAUUUCGAGGAUGCUGUUGUUGGUCUCGAAGGUCUCUGUAGUGCCUAUGAUUGAUCAGGCCAACCCUUAAUAUUUGUGAAACAAGUGCUGCCGUCUGGUGAAAGGCUGGGUUAUUUUAUUGAAGAUGCAUCCUUUCCGGUUAUGGUUAGUUCUCGUGAGUCUUUGCCCCGGAAUCUUGACCCUUCGCAUCUCAGCCAAGGAUCACGAUUCGACGUCAAGAAAUGGGCCAUCCUGUUCCCUUGACUGCUCCACAGAGACAAAUAAUCCCGUUUGUGGGACCAACGGGCGGACCUAUGACAAUCGGUGCUCGCUAGACAAAAAUACAAUCUGCCAAGGGAUAACCAAUGUCAAAUUUCAGUACAGGGGACCUUGUGCUGAAGAUGAGAGAUGCGUAGAAGAGCGAAGUCAGGCCUUGAAGAACAGUAAUGCCUCUGGUAUUCCUAUGUUUGUUCCUGUUUGCCAUGAAGAUGGUUCGUAUGCCGAGGUCCAAUGCCAUUAUAGCACAGGAUAUUGCUGGUGCGUCAAUGAAGAUGGGAAGCCAAUCCCCCGAACUUCCACUCGAUACGACAGGCCUAAUUGUAAAAAAGAAAAACGAAAAAGGAACCGCCGAGGAAAGGGCAAGAAACGAAAGAAUCGUCGCAAAAAAACGCGAAGGACGUCCAAUGGAGAAACAGACUUGAAUUCCUCAUCCAAACGGCAAUGUGCGCAAAAUGACCGCAAGGAAUUCAAUCAAAACAUCUUGAACUCACUCACCGAAGAAUUUGGCAAACACCACUCCAGAUCCUUGGAACCUGAGGGACUUAUCGGGGAUCAAAAGAAGAAAAUCAUCGAAUGGAAAUUCGACCAAAUGGACGCUAAUCGGGAUAAUGAUCUUCGGAAGCGAGAAUUCAAGACAUUCCGCUUGGCCAUCAAAAGGCUGGCGAAAAACAAAUUUUGCGCCCGGAACUUUUGGAAAUACUGUGAUUUGGACGACGAUAAACGCGUGACGCGAUCCGAAUGGGCAACCUGUCUUGGAGUGGACAUCAACAUCUCAUUCCGCAUAUUUAUGUCCUUGAGUUCCGAAGAGGACAAGACCAAACAAAAGGGUCGAAAAAGGAACAAUUCGGAGGACCAAGAGCCGAAAGACAGUGAAGGCCAAGGAUCGGCCAUUGAAGAUUGGGCCCUUGGCGGAGCCUUGACCAAGUCUUCGGUGAACGCGCCAGCUUCAUUGAUUGCAGAGGUGGAGGAGCGGAUCAAUUGUUGGGUGGAGCAUCGUGCCGCUAUUGAAGGCAGUAAAGGGGGCGAUUUGGCAUCGUACAUCCCGGAGUGUCAACCCGAUGGGAGAUUCCAGUCUGUUCAAUGCUACAAGACAAGCGGAUAUUGCUGGUGUGUGGAGGAGCUCACGGGUCGACCAAUCCCAGGGACGUCGCGACAAAACCAAACUCCCACAUGUGCUCCAGGAUCCAUUUCACAAUCGUCAAGGGUGACUCAAAAUGAGUGGGUCAAGUGCCCGGAGAAUCGUAAAAGACAAUUUAGAGAGCAUCUAAUGGAUUACAUGACCAAACAAAUGGUGGAAUCCAGCAAAGAUCAGGACAUGUCGUAUUUAUUCAGCGAGAAAGCUGCCGAAUUGUCCUUGGAGGAACGGGUGGGAAAGUGGCAGUUUCUGGAUCUGGACAAGAACCGAGAUGGGAUGUUGAGUCGGCGCGAAAUCCGGCCAUUUCGUAGAGUCCUUAAAGAGGAUCGGAAACUUCGAUUGUGUGGCAAGCGCAUUCAGAACCAUUGCGAUCCGGAUUCGGAUGAAAACAUAACUUUCACUGAAUGGGAACUUUGCAUAGGUCUGCGAGGAGAGACUGUUCAAAUCCCGUUGCCCCGCAUCGAUCCAGCCAAUCGGCGGGGACCGAACCCGCUGAAAAUGUGGCUCAAAGCAGAUUAAAACAUCCUCCAAGAUUGUUCUCCAGUGUCCUAAAGACUUUCUAAUCCAAGACUGACGUGCUGUUUUACAAGUGCUUACAUUUCAAAUCCUUUCCAUAAUAUCACUACAUAAAGAUGCCUGCUUCCUAACGAUCUGUAGAUUGUAAAAUCAAAAUAACAACGUGAUAGAUCACAUCAAAUCACGAUUAAUGCGUUACGCGUCA